AUGCACGCCGGCCGUUUACUUUUGGAGAAGAGUUCUCGCUUCCCACGUUUGACGCUGGCCAGAUGCAGUGGCGAGUUUGCCGUUGACAGUCUUUCACAUGUCAAGAACGCAUCGCUGACGCAUUUGCUGUACGAAGACGCGCUGCUGGGCGAUGGUGUGGACAAGGUUGCCGGACGGCCGUUUACCGUGACGGACAGAGGGAAACCAGUGCGAUUUGACGAUAUUCAUCUCCUCCUGGACACGGCGAGUACGAUGGGCCUGCGCAUGAGUUAUCCGCCGCCGGUGCUGAUGCUGGUGCUCUCGUAUCUGGUGGAGUGGUACGGCCUGUUGGUGAAUGCGGUGCCGUUUCUGGCUAGGUUGUUGAGUGAGACGGGAGAGGCUAUUAGGUGGGCGCAGUCGGGGGUUUACGCGACGAGUUUGAAUUAUUCUGUGGACGAUGAGGAGGCGAGGAGGAGGCCGGAGGAGGGGGGUGUUGGAUGUGAGGCGAGUUGUACGACGGUGGAGGGGUUGUGUGCUCAGGUUGUGGAUUGGAACGAGUGGGUUGAAGAUGGGAUGGAGAUGGAUAAAGAUAGAAAGAAGAAGAUGUUGUAA